CUGCCGCGCCUGCGCGCGCAGAGCCUCCCAGGGCGCCGGCGGGAAGGGACGAGGCGGGGUAGAAGCAGAUAAUAGGCAACAGUCUCUUUAAUUAACCGGUACUCAUCAUGUCUGAGGAGUGUGUCAAGGCUGGCGAUAGUUCAUUUUCCUCUGAUAAACAUGCCCAGCUCAUCUUGGCCCAGAUCAACAAAAUGAGAAAUGGACAGCAUUUCUGUGAUGUACAGCUAGAGGUUGGGAAGGAAACCUUUCGUGUCCACCGGCUGGUUCUGGCUGCAAGUAGUCCAUACUUCGCAGCUUUGUUCACUGGAGGGAUGAAAGAGUCCUCCAAAGAUGUUAUUCAGAUUCUAGGAGUUGGAGCUGAAAUCUUUCAGUUACUGUUGGAUUUCAUUUACACAGGAGUAGUGAACAUAGCUGUGAAUAAUGUUCAGGAGUUGAUUGUUGCAGCAGACAUGCUACAGUUGACCGAAGUUGUUAAUCUCUGCUGUGAUUUUCUAAAAGGACAAAUUGAUCCACAGAACUGCAUUGGACUCUUUCAGUUCUCUGAGCAAAUUGCUUGCCAUGAUCUUUUGGAAUUUACAGAAAAUUAUAUUCAUGUCCAUUUCUUGGAAGUUCAUAGUGGGGAGGAGUUCCUGGCACUCACAAAGGAUCAGUUGAUCAAAAUUUUACGAAGUGAAGAGCUUAGCAUUGAGGAUGAAUACCAAGUCUUCCUAGCUGCGAUGCAGUGGAUUCUGAAAGACCUGGGGAAGAGAAGAAAGUAUGUGGUGGAAGUGUUAGAUCCAGUUCGGUUCCCUUUGUUACCAUCCCACAGGCUUUUGAAGUACUUAGAAGGAGUAUCUGAUUUUAACCUUCGCGUUGCCCUGCAAACGCUUUUGAAAGAGUACUGUGAGGUCUGCAAGUCUCCCAAAGAGAACAAAUUUUGUAAUUUUCUGCAGACAUCUAAAGUUCGACCUCGGAAGAAAGCAAGAAAGUACCUGUAUGCAGUAGGUGGAUAUACGAGGUUGCAAGGGGGCCGCUGGAGUGAUUGCAGAGCCCUCAGCUGUGUAGAGCGUUUUGAUACCUUUAGCCAGUAUUGGACCACUGUAUCUUCACUUCAUCAGGCUCGGUGUGGACUUGGAGUAGUGGUUUUGGGAGGGAUAGUCUACGCUAUUGGAGGUGAAAAGGAUUCGAUGAUUUUUGACUGUACUGAAUGUUAUGAUCCAGUUACUAAACAAUGGACAAUUGUCGCUUCAAUGAAUCACCCCCGAUGUGGCUUGGGAGUAUGUGUGUGUUACGGGGCUAUCUAUGCUUUGGGUGGGUGGGUUGGAGGUGAGAUUGGCAACACCAUCGAACGAUAUGAUCCUGAUGAAAAUAAAUGGGAAGUUGUUGGCAACAUGGGAGUGUCACGGUACUACUUUGGGUGCUGUGAAAUGCAAGGUUUAAUUUAUAUAGUUGGAGGAAUCAACAAUGAGGGGCUAGAGCUUCAUUCUUUCGAAGUUUAUGAUCCACUUUCCAAGCGUUGGUCUCCACUUCCUCCCAUGGGAACCAGAAGAGCAUAUCUUGGAGUGGCAGCACUCAAUGAUAGCGUCUAUGCUAUUGGAGGAUGGAAUGAGACACAAGAUGUUCUUCAUACUGUAGAAAAGUACUCCUUUGAAGAGGAAAAGUGGGUUGAAGUUGCUUCAAUGAAAGUGCCUAGAGCAGGCAUGUCCGUUGCGACAGUCAAUGGUCUUCUGUAUGUUUCCGGAGGCCGAUCUUUCAGCCAUGAUUUCUUGGCGCCAGGUACCUUGGACUCAGUUGAAGUUUACAACCCUCAUUCUGAUACAUGGACAGAAAUUGGUAAUAUGAUCACUAGUCGUUGUGACGCGGGUAUUGCUGUGCUAUGACAGAGAAAGCAUAAAAGCAUAAGAAACAUUUUGAAAAUGUAGGUUCUGACCUUUUGCAAAUCAAACAUAUAUUUGUGAUGUGAUCCUCUGGUUUUUUUGAAUAUUCCAUGUAUUGAAUAGAUAGAUGAAUAAAGAUUGAUUUUUCUAAAAAUUUGAAUUAGAAUGGAAUGAAUAGAAUGUCUUACAUUAAUAAAGGACUCAUACAAAUUUGCAAGGCUUAGCAGCAAUAGAGAUGGUUUUAUGCCUUACAGUUGUUCAGUAUCCGUAGAAUCUUAAUUGAAAAAUUGUUUGCUAGGAGCUUCUGGGAAAUAGUUCCUUUGACUAUUUCUCUAGUGCAAUUCAACAUAAUCUCCAUUAGACAGUUUAAAGAUUUCUAUAAUUCACGAUUUGGUCCAGAACAUAGUUUCUAUACUGUCAUUUAACCUACAGGGAAAAACCAGUGAAACUGUCCCUCAAUGGCAGGAGUUUUCACUACCCCCAAAUAUUUUAUUGGCAGCAGGAUAUUAGAAAGGCCUUUUUUUUUUUUUUUAAGCUAGGGUUUCUCUGUGUAGCUCUGGCUGUCCUGAACUCACUUUGUAGUGCACAGAGAUCCGCCUGCCAAGUUUUGGGAUUAAAGGCAUAUGCCACCAUACCCAGCUAAUAGCUAAAUUUUGUUUUGCUUAUUUUUAAAUUAAGAGUACUCUAUCUGCAUGUACACCUGCACACCAGAAGAGGGCAACAGAUCCCUUUAUAGAUGGUGAACUACCAUAUGGUUGCUGAAUUGAACUCAGGAUCUGUGGAAGAGUAGCCAGUGCUCUUAAGCACUGAGCCACAUCUCCAGCCUUUUUAUUUUUUCAGACAGGGUCUCUCCAUGUAGCUCUAACUGUUGUGGAACUUUCUACAUAGAGAUCUGUCUGCCCCUGCCUCCCAGGUGCUGGGUUAAAAGCCUGUGCCACUAUGCCCAAUAAUAUCUACCCAUUGAAAUAGGUACAUUUAUGCUUUUGAUAGUUUAAGUGAAUAUUUCGUUUUGAUUCUGAGAAUGCAAGUAAGGAAUUAAUAGGUUCUUGGUGAAAGUUCAUUUUUUAAAAGUAGUUUUACUUAUUUUUUAUUUAUAUGGAUGUGUCUCUGCAUGUGUACCAUGUGUAUACAGACAUCUGUGGAGGCCAGAAGACUCUGUAGUAUCCCCUGGAACUGGAGUUACAGGAGCUUAUAAGCUGCCUGAUAUGGUUGUUGGGAACCGAACCAUAGGUCCUUAGAAAGAGUGGCAAGUGUUCUUAACUUCUGCGCCACCUCUUUAGUGUCUCUGAUGACAGUUAUUUUUAAACAUAUGUGUGUGAGUGCUUUAUCUGUAGUUUUGUCUGGGAUCUGGAAUUAUAGAUGUUUGAACUGCCAUGUGGGUGCUGGGGUCCUCAGGAAGAACAGCCAGUGCUCCUAACCGCUGAUCCAUCUCUCCAUCUCCUUGAUGACAGUUUUUUUUGUUUGUUUGUUUGUUUUUGAUUUGGUUUUGGUUUUUUGAGAGAGGGUUUCUCUGUGUAGCUCUGGCUUUUCUGAACUCACUUGGUAGACCAGGCUGGCCUUGAAUUCGCAGAGACCCACCAGCCUCCACCUCCCAGAGUGCUGGGAUCACAGGUGUGCACCACAGCUCCUGGCUUGAUUGAAAUAGUAGGGAGUGUAUAUGAGUCCCCAGGCAUUAUUACUUAGCUGUUUAUUAUUUUCUAUGCAGUAACUGGGAUUCUUUGUGUAGUUUUGGGAAGAGUGACUUUUGUUAGAUUAUCAAACUUUGUUUAAUUUACUUGUAUUUGGGUAAGGCCUAUGUAAAAGCUUAAUAUAGUGCUUCUGCCUGUUAUUGGAAAACGCUGAGUUGUAGUUACAACUUUUGUUUGUGUGGUGGUGGUGGUGGUUUUGAUUUUUUUUUUUUUUUUUGAGACACUCUAAAUAUGUUGCCCAGGUUAUCAUUGAACUCUCAACAAUCUUCCCAUUUCAGACUUCCAAGUGCUGGGAUAACAGGCAUGAGCCACCAUAUUUGGCCCUGUAGGUAUAGUUUUGAGCAUCCUUAAUCUGAAAUCUGAAGUUUUUGAAUGCUGACAUCCAAUUAAAAAAAAAAGUUUGAGAUUUUGGAUCAUUUUAAAUCUCUGAUUUUCAGACUGGGGAUGCUCAGCUGAUAAGUGCUACGUAAAUAUUUUAAAAUCUGGUGAUUCUGAAGUCCAAAACGCUUCUAGUCCCAAGCAUUUCAUAUCUUUAUCAGGAAUUUCGCCUAUACAUGUGGAAUUUUUCUUUUUAAAGAUUUAUUUAUUAUGUAUACAAUGUUCUGUCUGCAUGUACAUGUGCAUGACAGAAGAGGGCACCAGAUCUCAUUCUAGAUGGUUGUGACCCACCAUGUAGUUGCUGGGAAUUGAACUCAGAACCUAUCUGGAAGAGCAGCCAGCCAGUGCUCUUAACCUCUGAGCCAUCUCUCCAGCCCAUGGAAUUUUUUUUAUGCAUGAAAAUUGUGUAAGUUAUAACUAUCUUGGAUCUAAAACUGCUUCUAAAAACUUGCUUUCCCUGAUAAUCAUUCUUAAAAGUUGUUUUAUGCUGAGCUCUGAAGUCUGAUCACUGCUUUUAUAUCUGCUAGCCAGUUAGAACCACACUAUUGAGGUUUGCAUACUUUAGGUUUAUCUGGCUGCCUCAAGGUUAUGAUUUUUCUCUCUUGUUUAAACUAAGGUCUUUCAGCGGAUUGUUAGAAACAUCAACACUUUAAUUGUAUAAAAUCUUUGAUCAGCAUUAAACAUUAGUUAUACAGCCAUCUGUAGUGAGAUCUGGUACGCAGGUACACAUGCAGGCAGAAUGCUAUAUAAAUAAUACAUAAAUAAUAAAUAAAUAAAUCUUAAAAAAAAAACCAGAAGUUCCCUUAAAAGUUAACUAAAUGUAUAUUAUUUCUCAGGUGAUAAACAUUGUUUUUCCAAGAAUGUACUAAUAAAGUCCUAUUUUCUUUUCUUUGAAUUAAUGUAGUUCAUUAGUGUAAUUGGAUUACCAAACCAUAAUGGGAAUAAUCUUUUGUUUUUAAUUUUUGUAAUGUACACAUUUAGUUAUAUAAUCAGAACUUAAUUAAAGCGUU